AGGAUGGUCCCCGCCAUCCAGAGCGGAGAGACCAUGCGGCACGCCCUGCAGACGUUCGCGGCGUGCGACAGGGAUCACAACGGCUUCCUCUCGUGGAACAACGGCGAGAUCCGGAGCUUCAUCGCCUCCAUCUUCCAGCAGCACGGCCUGCAUCCUCCGAAUGAGUAUCAGCUGUUCGACCUCUACGUGAAGUUCGACUCGGACCACAACUGUGUGCUUGACUCCCGCGAGUGCCUCUGCCUUGUCGACGCGCUGCUGCGCUCCGUCUUUCACGUGGACCACCCGCACACGUCUUCGUACGUGCCCGCGCCCGUGCCAGUGGAGGUGGCACCGCCCCGCAUGCCGGCUGGCCUGUCCGCGCUAGUCCCGGCAACGGGCAGCGCGGCGAUGGCGGCGCGGGGCCCGCCGCUGGCCGUGGU